AUGAACAGGUACCCAAUUUUUGUCUUCAGAAUUCAUGUGUGCUGUCUGCAGAUGCAAGAUUUAAAAAUGUCCUGCAGUUAUCAUGUUAUGAAUUCCCCGAAAGUGAAAGUGUUGCAGAACCUCAUGGACUUUUUGGAUUCUUGGCGAGGUCAAGCGGAUAUGAAACUAGCGGAAGUUGACAAGUUGUGUGUCGAGUCGGCCGACUUGAUUUCACCCGAACAAUAUGACCUGCUUCGCGAGAAACAAACUCAGUUCACUGUCGACUAUAAAGGUGUUCUUCGUUCCAUGGAACACACACAAGAGAGGUUGAAAAUCCUAGCCGGGCUUUUACUCGAAUUCUCAGCGAAGGUGUCCUCGCUUCAGUCUUGGAUGACGCAUCAUGCUAGUCGUGCAGCCUCAGUACGGGAACGAUCCGCCGAUCUCCAUGGUCUUGACGAGGCUCGUCUUGACGGAAGGCGCUUACUAGAUGAGGUCGGCCAAGAGGAAUACCGUCUCAAGGCUAUUGGUGCCUUACUUGUGAGGGUCGAACAGGAAGUCGAUGCUCUGUAUGAAUUUGCGCCAACAACUAGUAAUCGAGGCAUUAAUCUUGAUAGGAUCCACACCGUUUUCGACAAAGUUAACGACGAUUUCCUGGCUCUCCGUAGACAGUGCUCUGAUUUAGUGCAGUUCCAGAACAAAGUUGGGAAUUUCAGUCAUGAACUGAGCGAACAUUACAGGUGA